AUGGGUUUCAAGUCUUAUUACCAAUGGGCUGUUUUGGCCCUGGCUGCCACUGCUGCUGCGCAGACCACUACUAGCUGCAAUCCUCUCAAGAAGACUUGCCCUGCGGAUACCGGUCUGAACAAAUACCGUCUCAACACUGACUUCACUUCCGGGUCUCUGGGACGCUGGAACACCACCGCGGGCACCGUAACCAGCACCGACCUCGGUGCUGAGUUCACCGUUUCCGCAGAGGGCGAUGCCCCCACAAUCGAGAGCGAGUUCUACAUCUUCUUCGGCCGUGUCGAUGUCAAGAUGAGAGCCGCCAACGGCACCGGUAUUGUCAGCACCUGGAUCCUGGAAUCCGAUGACCUCGACGAGAUCGACUGGGAGCAAAUCAGCACCUGGGACACCGAGAUCCAAACCGAUUACUUCGGCAAGGGCAACACAACCUCGUACGACCGCGGCACCACCGUAACCGUCUCCACCCCGGAGGAGACCUUCCAUACCUACUCUAUCGACUGGACCUCCGAGCGCAUCGAGUGGCUGCUAGACGGCGAAGUCGUCCGCACCCUCGAGUACGCCGAUGCCGUCGAUGGCACCAACUACCCACAGACGCCGAUGCGCAUCCGCAUCGGGAUCUGGGCCGGCGGCGACCCCGAUAACUCCGAGGGUACUAUCGAGUGGGCGGGCGGCGAGACCGAUUACACGGCCGGACCUUUCUCGAUGUACGUCGAGUCUGUCGACAUCAUCAACUAUAACCCUGCCUCUGCGUACACCUACACCGAUAAGACUGGUGCGUACACCAGCAUCAAGGCUACUAACGGUACUACGACCACCAACUUAAGCACCUCGAACUCCAGCUCGAUUGUGUCUUCCAGCAAGACUUCUUCGUCGGCUCGCGCUAGCUCUUCGUCGUAUGCUUCGUCCUCGGCUUCGGCUUCGGCGGCUGCUUCUUCGAUCAGCGUUGUCUCUGCUGCCUCCGCUUCUUACUACACUUCUGCUUUCACCAUUGCCAUGAUCUCCAUGAUUGUUGGUAUGGCUCAGUUUUAG